AUGCCCCAGCAAACAGCACGCGGUUGCAAGCACGCGCUCUCCAGCGAAAUUCAGUCUAGAAGCGCGCGCGAGCCAGCCAUCCUACUGCAGCCACCAGUAACGCGCUGCUCGCCUCACGGAUUUCUCCAAUACACGAAAUGCGUCCACACGUUUGGACUCAUUUCCGCCCCUGCUUCCCCUCAUUUCCGCCCCUGCUUCCCCUCAUUUCCGCCCCUGCUUCCCCUCCUUUCCCCCCACGCAUCCCCUCAUUUCCGCCCCUGCUUCCCCUCAUUUCCGCCCCUGCUUCCCCUCCUUUCCCCCCACGCAUCCCCUCAUUUCCGCCCCUGCUUCCCCUCAUUUCCGCCCCUGCUUCCCCUCAUUUCCGCCCCUGCUUCCCCUCCUUUCCCCCCAUGCAUCCUCUCAUUUCCGCCCCUGCUUCCCCUCAUUUCCGCCCCUGCUUCCCCUCCUUUCCCCCCACGCAUCCCCUCAUUUCCGCCCCUGCUUCCCCUCAUUUCUGCCCCUGCUUCCCCUCCUUUCCUCCACUUCUCUGCCUCGCCUUUCCCCCCCGUGCUUCCCCUGCUUUCCCCCGCUGAUUCCCCUCCUUUCCUCUCCCCUCCUUCCCCCCGUUUCCCCCACUGCUUCCUCUCCUUUCCCCCACUGCUUCCCCUCCUUCCCCCCGUUUCCACCACUGCAUCCCCUCCUUUCUCUCCCUUCCCUUGCUUACCCUCCUUCCCUCCCCCUACCUACUGUUUCCACUUUCCACCUCCAGUAUCGUACUACCACCCACGUUUCCCAGUAAUGCCCUCUCCGCAUCCCUUCUCACCCCCUCAUUUCCUCUCUGCAUCCCUUCUCACCCCAGCCUUUCCUCUCCGCAUCCCUUCUCACCCCAUCCUUUCUUCUCCUCAUCCUCCUCACCCCAUCCUUUCUUCUCCUCAUCCCUCACCCCAUCCUUUCUUCUCCUCAUCCCUCCUCACCCCAUCCUUUCUUCUCCUCAUCCCUCCUCACCCCAUCCUUUCUUCUCCUCAUCCCUCCUCACCCCAUCCUUUCUUCUCCUCAUCCCUCCUCACCCCAUCCUUUCUUCUCCUCAUCCCUCCUCACCCCAUCCUUUCUUCUCCUCAUCCCUCCUCACCCCAUCCUUUCUUCUCCUCAUCCCUCACCCCAUCCUUUCUUCUCCUCAUCCCUCACCCCAUCCUUUCUUCUCCUCAUCCCUCCUCACCCCAUCCUUUCUUCUCCUCAUCCCUCACCCCAUCCUUUCUUCUCCUCAUCCCUCCUCACCCCAUCCUUUCUUCUCCUCAUCCCUCACCCCAUCCUUUCUUCUCAUCCCUCACCCCAUCCUUUCUUCUCCUCAUCCCUCCUCACCCCAUCCUUUCUUCUCCUCAUCCCUCACCCCAUCCUUUCUUCUCCUCAUCCCUCACCCCAUCCUUUCUUCUCCUCAUCCCUCACCCCAUCCUUUCUUCUCCUCAUCCCUCCUCACCCCAUCCUUUCUUCUCCUCAUCCCUCACCCCAUCCUUUCUUCUCCUCAUCCCUCACCCCAUCCUUUCUUCUCCUCAUCCCUCCUCACCCCAUCCUUUCUUCUCCUCAUCCCUCACCCCAUCCUUUCUUCUCCUCAUCCCUCACCCCAUCCUUUCCUCUCUGCAUCCCUCCACACUCCAUCUAUCCUCUCAGCAUCCUUUCUCUCCCCAUCCCUCCUUGCCACCAUACCCUCAGGUUUUGUGGCGCUGUGUCCAGGAAAGGCGACCUGCUGCGUGCACUCUUUGCUUAGUUACUAGUAUGCAUGGAUUGCCUCUCUGCUUUUACUCGUGA